GAAAAGAAAUGAACUUUUUGAGGAGCAGCCUUAGAGAACAGAACUGGGCCCGUGGAUUACGGCCUGUGGUUAAGCAAGUAUGACUGACCCUCUCAUGCUUUCACCCACCAUGGGUGGCCCCAGCCCCCAAUGCAACUGUGCAACCCAAGCUCCUUAUCCUCCAACUUGUUGAAUAGCCUCACCAGGCUCCCAUCUCCCAGAGAAGGUUGAUGGCGACAUUGGUUCCUCCUGCAGUCAGCUACCAAUCCCUGUGGUAGCUAAAAGGGGGAUAAAAGCACAGCCCCCUCUAUCCUCCCUUAUUGUUACUUCUCAUCCCUCCCAAGACGCUAAUUCUUCUUGCCUAAAUCAAUGUAUCAGGCACCAAGUUGCUCCCUCAGGGCCUUUCCUUGCGAAUUUGCCUUAUGCAUAAUCGCAGUAGAGUCACCUUUAUAAGCCUUUGAAUCAGCAGGCUUACCCUUUCCUGCUGUCUUGCCCACAUUCGUUCUAAGCUUUGCUGAAAACUUCCCUCCCACUUCCUUUGUUGACAAACCUGCUCGUCCCUGAAGCCCUUCCCCCUUAUCCACGGGGCCCUCCCCCAGCAGAAGAGGUGAACGCCUUCCCUUCCCUGGCUGCCCGGUUAUGAUUUGAUUUGUGCCUCUCUGGGAAGCACACGCCACACUUUGCCAGGUGGAAUCAAGUUGUGGACACUUCUGUCUGCCCAGCUUGGUUGUAAACUUCCACACCACCCUUUGCUUGCCUUUGGAGCCCCUCUCCUGGGCCUGCGUGGUGGGCGUGCAGUGAUGUUCCUGGAGGCUAUUGCAAUCACGGAGCCAGCCUGCGGCGCAGACCUGGGCUGAGGGGGUGCUGACGGAGACCCUGGGAAAGCGGCUACACUAACCUUGGCACCGUGCCACCUGGGCUUUCUAUGGGAAAAGAAACUAUUGAGCAAGACCAGGGAUCUGCCAAAGCCCCAGCUGGUUUCCUCUACAAUGUGACAAAGUCCUGUAUGUUUCCUUGAGAGACAGUGUGGUGUUGGGUGGGGAAAUAGGAGCCAGGUUUGCCAUUUCCAAGCUUCAGGACCCCAGGAAAGUUCAUUGAACAUCUCUCUACCUCAGUUUCCCCCUCGUUUUGAGAAAUAAUAUUUGUAACAAGGCACAUUAAAAAUACCCAAGGCAUGUCUAUUAUUUUAAGGUUAUUAUACUAACUUUAUAGUUAUAGUUAGAUUAGAACUCAAACAAUGUUGUAUUACUAGUAACCUGGCCUCCUCCCAGAAGGCAAGAGGUGCACGUCUGAGAAUGGGGAGGCUGGAGGGGCCCCAGGUGAUGGGGACUGUCGGGGAGGGGUAGUCAUUGGAAAUGUACCUUCCUGUCAAAGGCCGCAAAAGGGACCCUCAGAGGAUUCAGGCGUGAGAUACGGCAACGAGGAAUUGCAGACCAAGCCCUCCUGAGAGGAUUCCAAACGACACCCGUCAGACCUUAUGUUUUCAGAGUGUUUUCCCCUCCGCUGACACUACCCCAGAAAUACGAGCCCUCUGGCCGUCAGCCCUGGCAACACCCCCCUCAUCUCUCCCUUACUCAGCUUUGGUUUCAAAUAGGACAAUGGCCCACCUAGUAUCCACUUCAUGUGAUCGACAGGAAAUCUGAAACCCAAACAGGCAAAUCAUGGCUGGGAACUUGAGUCUUCAGAUGACUGGGAACAUCCUAGGUGAUCUCAGGCGACUCUGUACCACCCCGACCCUAGAAUUAAUUUAGCCUCCCUGAGAACAGCUGGUCCCUUGGUGCUUCCACCUCCCCAGUCUCUCCAUCUGCUAUGAUCUGAAUGUGUCCCUCACUCCAUAAAUUCACCCCCACCUCAAGGUGACGGUAUUAGGAGAUGGGACUUUGGGGAGGUGAUAAGUCAUGAGGGUGGAGCUCUCAUGAAUAAGAUUAGUGCCCUUAUAAAAGAAACCCCACAAAUCUCCUUUGCACCUUCCACCAGGCAAAGACAGAGCGAGAAAUCUGUCACCCAAGAGAGGGCCCUCCCCUGGCCAGGCUGGCACCCAGAUUCCAGACUUCCAGCCUCCAGACCUGUGAGAAAUAAAUGUCUGUCAUGCAUAAGUCACCCAGCCGUAGUGUCCUGUGCCAGCAGCCCUAACAGACGAAGAGGAUAUCCCAGGGGUUCUGCUAGAGCAGUUACCCUUCCCCUUCCCACUCCAUAGGUUUUCCAACAACCCAGUUUGUUUCCUAUGUAAGCAACACAGUCUCUCUAGGCAAAACCAGCCUCCAGAUGUGGGUGCCCAGGGUCUCGUAGGGGUAGGCAGCCUUCACCUCUUUCAGUGUCAGAGGUCUUUUAGCUGACUGAUGGGCAUCUGCCAACAAUCCUGCAGAGUCCGCUCUGGGCUGAGAUCAGACUGGCACCUGGGGACAGAAGAGACCUCGACCUCCAGCCCCCUCCUUCUCCCCCUCAGUACCUGACCUCCCACUUCUGGGAGGCAGUGCCCAAGCAGGGUUCCUGGGCUUCCCCGGGCUGAACAAUAUGCAAAUUGCUUGUGAGGAAGCCUGUGUCCCCGAGGGAAGCAGGGGUCCCAUUAGAAACUGCUGAGAAUGUAGGUCAGAGGCUGGGAGAGGACAGCUCGGGGCUGCAACUCUUUUGUCCAGGGUAUUUGUGCUUGUGGGUCUGUGUGUGUGUGGACAGAAGAGGGUGCUACAGGGCGAGGGUGGGGCACCAGGCAGAGCGGAGUGGUGCCUGAGAAACAGUGUUAUUAGGUAGAGAGGGGGAGGCUAUACCCUGGCUUACCUGACAUUUGAAGAAGUAGAAGUUCACUGAAAAUGAGGACUCUAAGGUUCUAGAGAGGUCUGGACCUCUUCCAUUUUUUCGAGCUCUCUGUAUUAAAAUAGAAGAGAAGUUCCUGUCGUGGCUCAGUGGAAACGAAUCAGACCAGUAUCCAUGAGGACUCAGGUUUGAUCCCUGGCCCCACUCAGUGGGCUAAGGAUCCGGUGUUGCUGUGAGCUGUGCUGUAGUUUGCAGAUGUGGCUUGGAUCUGGUGCUGCUGUGGCUGUGGUAUAGGCUGGCAGCUACAGCUCCCAUUUAACACCUAGCCUGAGAACCUCCAGUUGCCGCCCUAAAAAAAUAAAAAUAAAAUAAAAUAGAAGAAGAACUAUCAAGAGGGCAAAAAAUAGUGAUGUAUUUUAAAUGUUUACUUUUACCAACUAGUAGUUGUAAACACACACACACACCGUGACCUUAUGAAUGGACUUAGAAAUAAUGUCAAGGGCCCUCUGUCCUGUGAAGCCUGAGGCCCUCUUAGCUUUGUAGUAGCCCAGCCUUCCCUGAGACCCUCUUGGGGGCAUCAGGAGGCAGGCAGAGGCCCUGGCAUUCUGUGAAGCUGAGUAAAAAGAGAUCUGAAUGCACUUGUUCCUGCUGAAGUGGUGAGGGGGCUGAACACACCAGGUAUGCAAGUGUCUGAACCUGUCCAAGGGUCCUUUCUCAGCCAAAUAUCCAGCUAGGCAUGGAGGAAGGCCAUGGAUCUCCUGCAAAUUCUUCUCUCCCCUGCAGUCACCCCAUAUCCAUCCCCUGCAAGUGCAGCAGGCAUCAAUGAGAAACUCCUGUUAGGUCCCUUUGACUCCUCAUCCAGAGCUGGGGGACAAAGAGGGCCCCAUGGAUCAUGACACCUUGGAGUCAGGCCUAGGCUGGGUCUGCUCUGUUCGGGGGAAUGGCCUUUCUGGUGUCCAAACCCACACUGCCCUUGUAACCAACUCCAGGUGGCCGAGAACCAUCCUUUCACUCUGCUCCAGGGUGAGUGGGUGACAGUCUGGUAGCUCUUAUCAGAGCUGUUGCUCAGUUGGGUUGUUUCUGAGGAAGGUAGGAGGAAAGGCAAGAGCUUAGUCUUCAAACUACUGAUUUCUCCCUUCCACUGACAAGGACCCUCUCCUUGACCAAACUUUAGUCAGGGGCCCUCUUCUCAACUUGGCCCCAUCUUGGGCCUGACAAACUCAGUUAAGCUAGAAUACCCUGACUCUUUGAUACCUAGCCAAGUCCCUCUUAGCAGUUUUCCAUCCACUGAUUCCCUCACCUGCCCACUCACUAUAACCCCUAGCUGCCUCAGUUGUAUCUGGAGAUGAGUUCAGUCUCUCUCCUGUUGCAGUAGUCUUGAAUAAAGUCUAGCCUGUUGAACUCCCUCCGGUGUAUUUUCCCUUUGCGCAUAUACGUGCAUCCAUGCAAACUCUUAACAAAGUCUCUGAUUCUGUUGUCUUAUUCUCUCUCUUGAGCUCAGAAAAGAUUCUGGGAACGGAUAUUCAGGUCCAGUGAGAAGAAAGCCAUCUGUCACACCUGGCCAUGGGGUCCCUCUCAGGGAAGAGAUGAUCUCUGUCACCAGGGCCUGCGAGUGACAGCAGAGUCAUGAUCAGCUCUAUGCCCUGGAGCUUCUGGAAAGAACCACUAUGGGGGGCCGAGGGGGGGUAGCUGUCAGGGUGCCCAGGAGUAUCCCCUUCUAGGCUUUUCCUGUUCUCAUCGCUUGAAAAGAACUGUUCUAACCUUGGUUCCUGCAGAAGCAUUUUGUCAUUAGAGGCGUUUCUCGGCAUAUCUAUUUUGGAGCUGCAGCUGGUUGCUUCUCAGAAUAAACAGAGCUGUGAUAUUGGGAUAAAAGAAGAAAGGAGUAUCAUCUCCUCUUUAUGCCCUCCCUCCUCCCUAUGUUUCCCAGCCUCCGUUUCCCUCUUUUUAAAGGCCUUCCCCUAAAAUCCCUCUACCUCACCCCCUGACCCAUGGCUUUCCUUCAACCAUCUGAUAACCACAGAAUCCCCUCCCAGGCACUCAUGGGCCCCUGCUAUAGCCAGCCUGUGCUAGGCUUGGGGAGCUCCAGUGUCCAGAAAGAACUCAAUGUCAAGUGACACAAGAGUUCAUGUAUUAAGGACUUAAGCCAAGGAAUGUUAGAGCUGGGCCAGCCUCUUGUGCUUAGAUGAAACAAUUGAGGUCUGGCUGGGGAUGUGCUGUGUUCAGGGCCUCAGCACUCCUGGGAGCUGGGGAAAAGCUAUAACACAAUGACCUGCAGGUGUCCCCAGACCUUACUGCGUCAUUUUCAGAAUGUCACUGAAAUGGGGGCUUGAGACUUCUGGGACAGAAAGAGAAAUCAGACCACUGUUUAUUUUAGACAAAGAGGAUUGGGGAACCCAGUGUACUUAUAGACUUAAAUGGCUUUCCUGAAGGAUCGAGACAAUCGUGGAUACUUUCCAGAUACCCGAGGUUGGGAAGGUGUGGUCAUUAGGGAACAAAUAAAGAGACUUGUGUUUGUGGCCACAUUUGAGACCAAGUAAUUAAUCUUCCUUUGUUGUGCCUUCUAGUCCAAGUGGAUCCAAUAGCACCCAUGAUUGUGCAAGCCUCUCACCUCUUUUUGGUCCAUCUGGACCCCUCCUUCACUUCCCUCGCCUGCCUCUUUCUCAUGCCCACUGUGUCUUCCCUUCUCCAGCUUUACCUAACUCUACUCAGCACCAGCUCUUUAUCUGCCGACCUGCUGUGCAACUUGAUCCACAUGAGGUUACAGAGGCAAAAUGUGAGGAGGUGGUUGUUUCUAGAAAUGGUGCACAUUUCUUCAAAACCUUCUUCCUACCCAGGGCCAAGAGUGGUCAGCCUCACCUCAGCUGCCCCAUGGUCUGACCUCAGCCUGGGUAUCUGCCUGCUGAGUCUCCUCUGUCACCUGAGGCAGCUCUGAGAAAAGGGGAUGAACCAAGGUCCCCACAGUGAGUUUCCUCUCUUGCCUUUGUCUUAUUUUUAAAGCUGCAACUGUGGUUAGACUCUCAAAUUAGGCUUUAGAAACCUCAGAAGACAGCUUGGUAGCAGAGCUAUCCAUGUGGGGGGUGACGGGUGCCGAGGUGUGAAGGCGCUUCCUCAGGGCAUCCCCAGGGCCGAGAGAGUUGUAGGUGUGAAUGUCCGGGCUGGGCACUAGAAACGAACCUGACUCUUCCAUGUGCCCUGGGAGGGGAGAGGGUCAGGAAGGUGGGAUCCUAACACAAGUGAACUUGGGGUUGUGUCUCAACUCCACCAUUCCUGAGUCUUGUGACCUUGGGCUUGUUAUUUAGUGUCCUGAGAUUCCAUUUCCUGACCUCUAACAUUGGGGAUAUUAAUGGUAUCUAUUUUAUUUUAUUUUAUUUUAAGCAUUAUUGAGGUAUAGCUAAUUUACAAAGUUGUGAAAAUUUCUGCUGUACAACAAGGUGACCCAGUCAUACAUACAUAUCCAUUCUCUCUGAUUCUUUCCCCAUGUAGAUUAUCACGGAAUACUGGGUGAGUUUCAUCUAUUUUAAAGAACACUUAAUUCAGGAGUUCCUGUUGUGGCACAGCAGAAAUGAAUCUGACUGCUAGCUAUGAGGUUGCAGAUUCAAUCCCUGGUCUUGCUCAGUGGGUUAAGGAUCCAGUGGUGCUAUGAGCUGUGGUGUAGGCCAGCAGCUGUAGCUCUGAUUCAACCCCUAGCCUGGGAACCUCCAUAUGCUGUGGGCGCGGCCCGAAAAAGCAAAAAAAAAAAAAAAAAAAAAAGAACAUUUAAUUCAACACAUAAUCUACUGAGCCCUUACCUCCUCCUUACCAAGUACUUGCCAGGCACGAGCAUCAGCGGUGGAAGGACUGGUAUGGCUCCUGUUCUCAUGAUACUCACAUGUUCUGAUGAGGGGACGAGGUGGUGUUCAGAUUUACUAAGGUGUAUGUAUGUGUAUAUAUGCAUGUGUGUGUGUGUGCGCGCGUUACCUAACGCCAUACCUGAUGCAUAAAAAUGCUUGAUAAAUUGUAGUUGUUAUUACUUUUAUAUUUAACACUAAAAAUAUGGUAUAAAUGGUCAGGCAAAGAACCAGAAAAGGUGAGAGCUUUCAUUCCAUAAAUUGUUUCGCUUCUUUAGAUUUAUUAUAAUCUCUUUUGGUUGAGGAGUGUGUAGUAGUCAUAGUUUCCCAGAGAAACAGACCAAUAGGAGAUAUAUAUCUAUAUAUGUAUAUCUAUAUCUACAUAUCUCACAUAAAUGAUGCAUAUAUAUGUGUGUGUAUAUGUAUAUGUAAAUGUAUAAAGAGAUUUAUUAUAAGGAAUUGGCUCAAAUGAUUUUGGAGUUUGGCAAGUCUCAAGAUCUGCAGUAGGCAAGCUGGAAACUCAGGAGCUACAGUGAUGUGGUUGGAGCCAGCAGGCUUGAGAUUCAGGAUGAGCCAAUAUUUCAGUUCAGGUUCAAAAGAAAGAGGAAAAAAAAAAAAAAAGCCAGUGUCCUACUUCAAAGGCCAUCAGGCAGGAAGAAUUCUCUCUUAUUCAGCGGAAGUUUAGCUUUUUUUCCCUGUUAGGCCUUCACCUGAUUGGAUGAGGCCCACCCAGAUUAGGGAGGGCAAUCAGCUUUACUCAGUGUGCCCACUCAAAUGUUAACCUUACAGAAAUACCCAGAAUCAUCUUUUUUUUUUUAAUGGCUGCAUCCACAACAUAUAGAAGUUCCUGGGCCAGAUAUCAAACCUGUGCCUCCACAAUGAUACAAGCUGCUGCAGCUGGAUUCUUAACCCACUGCACCACAACAGAAAUUCCCAGAAUAAUCUUUGACCAAGUGUCCAGGCAUCCUGUGGCCCAGUCAGGUUGACACAUACAAUCAGCCAGCACAGGAACCCAUGAAAAUCUUGUAGCUGAAAAAACCCUGAAGGAAUCACUGAAUGACUACCUUGUCCUAAAGGGGAGGGUAAACCUGGCUGAGGUCAGCACAGGAUGCAAACUAGUUGUCCUGGGGCUCUGUCCAGUCCAAAGAUUUUUUUUUUGAACGUUUAUACUAUGUUUCAUAAGUUUUUGCCAACAUUUUGAAGAGUCCAUGUUAAAAGUCUGAAUUUCUAGUUUCUUAUGAAAAAAUAGAAUUGGUCAUGUAGGUUAGGCAUCCAAACCAGGGCCGUACCCCCAGCCUGUUGGCUUAGCAUCCCUCACCCAUGCCUGACCCACUGCGCUCAGUUACUACCACUCCUGCUCUAGGAGAAAAGACCCCUGACCUGAACAUCAGGGCUCCCCCUCUGCCCCCAGCAGAGAGCCUGUGCCGACAGCAAGCUGUCAUCUCCUAGUGAGAGUGGGGGGGAGGAGAGUGUGAGACCUCGUUCGAAGCACACACCCAAGAUCUUGUCCCCUCACAAGCUUCUCUGACAAACUGCCAUUUGAAGUGCCCUGGAAGUUCCCUUGUGGUGCAGUGGGUUAAGGAUCCGACACUGUCGCAGCUGUGGCCCAGGCUGCAGCUGCCGCACAGGUUCCAUCCCUGGCCUUGGAACCUCCACAUGCAGGUAUGUGGCCAAAAAAAUAAAUAAGUAAAAAUAAAUAAAUAAAGUGACCCCAUGAGCACAGACCUUCCAUAACUCUUUGACUGGGAGGGGCCAUGAGUGGUGAGGGGAAAACUCGCGAUUCAGCCCUCCAACCAGGGAGAAGCUGAGCCAUCCAGAGGGAGUGGGCCUUGAGUGAGUCGGUAGGAGAGGACCAGCAGCUCCAUGCUGCUACCAUGUUUUCUAAGUUUGUAUCAACAUUUAAACAUUAGAUUUCACAUUCAACAGCUUAUGAAAACCUGAAGAUGAAGUGGUCUCAUGGAGGUGGCGCAUUUUUAAGGUCAGAGUGUCUUUUGUUCAAGCUUGAUGCCCAGAAAUGAGCCUUGGGAUGGAAUCUUCUAGAGUCACAGAAUUGUAAAAAAAAAAAAAAAAAAAAAAAAAGAUUUUCCACUAAUGAGGCACAAUGAAGGAACGGGGUGUUUGAUGGGAGAAGAAAUGCCUCUAGGGGAACCAAGAGCUGCUUUUAAAAAGCUGAAGGCACAUCCUCCUGAAGAGGGAUGGCACCAAUUCUAUACAUCCCCAGAGGGCAGGAACCCAGCUGGGGACCAACAGCUGUGAGAAGGCAGGUUUGUGGCCACCGACCUACCUACCGUAAUGCAGACUCCUCUAGCAAGGAGGGCUGCCUAGAAGUAGAAAGCCUAGUGCAUAAGGCAUCAAAGCCCCAUGGCUACAGGGGCUGCAGGGCUUCAGGGGGGAUUUGAUUGUUAGACUGGAGGUUGACUAGAUCAGGGGUCCCCAAACCUCUUUUGGGGGUCAUACACGUAGUCAACGAAAAUAUUUUUAUCACAGGUGGGAAGUCGACCAGAGGGGAUUUUAACCCCCAAAGGGGGUGCAUACAGGCCCAGAGUUCCGGGUCAUGGCAGGCCUGUUUUAAGGAGACCAGCAGGCUCUGGGGCAUGGGGGGAUGUCCCUGGUUGUCUGACACCUGCCCCUGGGGUGGUCAGGACAGGUGGGUGAGAGCCCACAGAGGAGGUGACUGGGGUUGGGGCUCUGGACUGGUUGGUUUGUACAGGAAAGGCACUGUCUCGGGAAUUCGCUAGCAGGAGAAUCACUCCCUCUGGGAUCGGCAAGGCCCAAGGUCACAGCACCAAACACAGGAACUAAAAGACAUGGUUGUCACAAGGCUCUGCCCACGUGGGUGAGGGCUGAGGAGAGGAUUGUCUCAUGUGUGUCAGGAGGGCAGUGCCAGGUGAUGUCUGUGUUUCCUUCCAGCCCAGAGGUACUGGCAAUCACAUAGCACCUUGGAGCCAGAAGAAGCCAGCCUUACUCUCUCUUUGCACAGUGGAGACCCUGGACCUAAAGAGGACUGCAAUGUGGCGGUCCUAGCCACCGUCUGAGAGGAUGUCCGGGGUGUCCGAGGCCCUGAGCCGAGUGAAGGUGGGCACGUUACGUCGGCCGGAAGGCCCCCCAGAGCCCAUGGUGGUGGUGCCAGUAGACGUGGAAAAGGAAGACGUGAGGAUCCUCAAGGUCUGCUUCUAUAGCAACAGCUUCAACCCCGGGAAGAACUUCAAACUGGUUAAAUGCACUGUGCACACGGAGAUCCGGGAGGUCAUCGCCUCCAUCCUGCUGAGCGGGCGGAUCGGGCCCAACAUCCAGCUAGCUGAGUGCUAUGGGCUGAGGCUGAAGCACAUGAAGUCAGAUGAGAUCCACUGGCUGCACCCACAGAUGACAGUGGGUGAGGUGCAGGACAAGUACGAGUGUCUACACGUGGAAGCUGAGUGGAGGUAUGACCUUCAAAUCCGCUACCUGCCAGAGGACUUCAUGGAGAGUCUGAAAGAAGACAGAACCACAUUGCUGUAUUUCUACCAACAGCUCCGGAAUGACUACAUGCAACGCUAUGCCAGCAAGGUCAGCGAGGGUAUGGCCCUGCAGCUGGGCUGUCUGGAGCUCAGGCGGUUCUUCAAAGACAUGCCCCACAACGCACUUGACAAAAAGUCCAACUUCGAGCUCCUAGAGAAGGAAGUGGGGCUGGACCUGUUUUUCCCAAAACAGAUGCAGGAGAACUUAAAGCCGAAGCAGUUCCGGAAGAUGAUCCAGCAGACGUUCCAGCAGUACGCCUCCCUCCGGGAGGAGGAGUGCGUCAUGAAGUUCUUCAACACCCUCGCGGGUUUUGCCAACAUCGACCAGGAGACCUAUCGCUGUGAACUCAUUCAAGGAUGGAACAUUACCGUGGACCUGGUCAUCGGCCCUAAAGGCAUCCGCCAGCUGACAAGUCAAGAUGCAAAGCCCACCUGCCUGGCCGAGUUCAAGCAGAUCAAGUCCAUCAGGUGCCUCCCGCUGGAGGAAGGCCAGGCGGUACUGCAGCUGGGCAUUGAAGGUGCCCCCCAGUCCUUGUCCAUCAAAACCUCCUCUCUGGCAGAGGCCGAGAACAUGGCUGACCUCGUAGACGGUUACUGCCGGCUGCAGGGGGAGCACAAAGGCUCUCUCAUCAUUCGUCCCAAGAAAGAUGGUGAGAAGCGGAACAGCCUGCCCCAGAUCCCCACACUAAACACGGAGCCCCGGCGGUCCCACCUCUCAGAAAGCUGCAGCAUAGAGUCAGACAUCUAUGCAGAGAUUCCUGAUGAGACCCUGCGAAGACCAGGAGCUUUCUCCACCUGUGCAGGCCCCCAGUAUGGCAUCGCCCGGGAAGACGUGGUCCUGAAUCGCAUUCUUGGUGAAGGCUUCUUUGGUGAGGUCUACGAAGGUGUCUACACCAACCACAAAGGAGAGCAAAUCAAUGUGGCCGUGAAGACCUGCAAGAAAGACUGCACUGUGGACAACAAGGAGAAGUUCAUGAGCGAGGCAGUGAUCAUGAAGAACCUGGACCACCCGCAUAUCGUGAAGCUGAUCGGCAUCAUUGAAGACGAGCCCACCUGGAUCAUCAUGGAGCUGUACCCCUACGGGGAGCUGGGCCACUACCUGGAGCGCAACAAGAACUCCCUGAAGGUGCUCACUCUCAUCCUGUACUCACUGCAGAUCUGCAAGGCCAUGGCCUACCUGGAGAGCAUCAACUGUGUCCACAGGGACAUCGCUGUCCGGAACAUCCUGGUGGCCUCCCCCGAGUGUGUGAAGCUGGGUGACUUUGGUCUUUCUCGGUACAUUGAGGACGAGGAGUAUUACAAAGCCUCUGUGACGCGUCUCCCCAUCAAAUGGAUGUCCCCUGAGUCCAUUAACUUCCGCCGCUUCACCACGGCCAGUGACGUCUGGAUGUUUGCCGUGUGCAUGUGGGAGAUCCUGAGUUUCAGCAAGCAGCCCUUCUUCUGGCUGGAGAACAAAGAUGUCAUCGGGGUGCUUGAGAAGGGGGACCGGCUGCCCAAGCCCGACCUCUGCCCACCUAUUCUCUACACCCUCAUGACCCGAUGCUGGGACUACGACCCCAGUGAGCGGCCCCGCUUCACCGAGCUCGUGUGCAACCUCAGUGACAUUUAUCAGAUGGAGAAGGACAUCGCUAUAGAGCAGGAGAGGAACGCUCGUUACCGACCUCCCAAAAUCUUGGAGCCCACAGCCUUCCAGGAACCCCCACCCAAGCCCAGCCGGCCCAAGUACAGACCCCCUCCACAAACCAACCUCCUGGCACCCAAGCUGCAGUUCCAGGUCCCUGAGGGUCUGUGUGCCAGCUCACCUACGCUCACCAGCCCUAUGGAGUAUCCAUCUCCCGUAAACUCGCUGCACACCCCACCUCUCCACCGGCACAAUGUCUUCAAGCGCCACAGCAUGCGGGAGGAGGACUUCAUCCGGCCCAGCAGCCGGGAGGAGGCCCAGCAGCUGUGGGAGGCCGAGAGGAUCAAGAUGCGGCAGCUCCUGGACAAGCAGCAGAAGCAGAUGGUGGAAGAUUACCAGUGGCUGAGGCAGGAGGAGAAAUCCUUGGACCCCAUGGUUUACAUGAACGAUAAGUCCCCGUUGACCCCAGAGAAGGAGGCCGGCUACAGUAAGUCGGAGUUCACUGGGCCCCCGCAGAAGCCGCCACGCCUGGGAGCGCAGUCCAUCCAGCCCACAGCCAACCUGGACCGGACCGACGACCUGGUGUACCUCAAUGUCAUGGAGCUGGUGCGGGCUGUGCUGGACCUCAAGAACAAGCUCUGCCAGCUGCCCCCCGAGGGCUACGUGGUGGUGGUGAAGAACGUGGGCCUGACCCUGCGGAAGCUCAUCGGGAGUGUGGACGACCUCCUGCCCUCCUUGCCGUCAUCUUCUCGGACAGAAGUGAGUGUCCUUGUCCCAGCUGGUGCCACCAGCUGUCACUUGCCCCCUUCACCUGCCCCAGCUGUGUUUCACACUGGACCCUCAGAAAGGCCACCUGGGUGGCCCCAUCUCUGCUGCCCAGCCUUCAGCAGGGGCUCUGCACAGCAUAGCUCAGAAGGCACCACAAGGGGGCACAGUUCACCUUCUUGGGGUGAACGUCCUAGCUUAGGUCUCAGAAGGUUGCAGUGACUUCUCCAUGCGUGAGGACAUGCACAGGAGGACACACCCUCCCCCUUUCCCCCUCCUGUGAUUCUUUAUCUAGUACUAAAGUCAAGGUGAGUGUGUCAAGGAAAUAGCAGUUAAGGUUUCUUCAACUGAUCAUUUAAUCUAAUUUUCUUUAAGUGAUAAACAAUCACUGAACACCAAAAA